UUUUGAGCCAUUCCAUCUCCGCUGUGGCAGAGAGAUUACUAUGGCCCGUUCCGGAGAUCUACAGAGCCAGCGCUGGAAGUGUGCCAGUCGGCCGCCAAUCGUACCUGGGGAAGAAUCUCGAGCAAGCGAUGUCUUCUUGAAAGGGACCGAACUCUACGUUCUUCCAGCUCUGGCACAGAGGAGCGCGGUCGGCAACAGGUGGCUUCAGCUGCACUGGCUCGACAGUACUUACUUCGAGCAUAAGGUUCCACAAAUCCCCCUCCAACUAACGUAUGUACCGCCAAUCUCCGAAGCUCUAGUCGAAUUUACAUUCAGCAUUGGAAUGGUUGACUGUCCUCCCGGUGGGGAGCUGGGGCGUCGUCAACGUCACCUCGAGAUGCAGUACAAACUGCUAGCUUGUCUCGCAAAUGCUCGGAACUUGCGCACCCUACGACUCACAGCAUACCAAAGGUUUCCAGCCGCAUCGUCCUGCGCCAAGAAGGCCGGUGACCAUUACUUCUUCGAUCUGCUGGUUGGACAAGAGGCUGGUCCCAACAGCGGUGAAAUCUAUCUACCCCAUCUCAGCUCUUUGAGUCUUGAAAGCAUCAUGUACAGCCAGGCGAGUCUUGAGAAAUUCAUCGCGCGUCAUGCCGACACUCUUCGUGUUCUCGAGUUAUCAGACUGUCGCCUGGAGUUCGACACGGUGAAGCGUCUAGCCACACUGGGCUUGCAACUCAACAAGUUCGAAGUGACCUCGGUCAGGUGGAUGAUCCAGGAUAUUAGGAGAACUAGAGAUGGACCAUACAGAUCUCUUGGGGGCCGUUGGACAAGAGUCUUUGAAUUCAUCACUCCUGAAGGUCUACUAGGAUUCGUCAACGACAACACGACACCAGAAGCUCAAUGGGCAAAUCUGGAACCUACCCGCUUUGGUCGCAUACCAUAUCAGGCGUACUUUAACUUUCUAGUCACGACUGAGGAUGUCCGAAUCCUUCAUCGAGUUCAGGGCGCCUACGGGCACCUCGCGUAUGGCGAGGAAUUCGAGAGACGUUGGGAGAAGCUUGUCCAAGAAGGAAAGGGAAUUGACUUCCGACAGAUUAGCCAUCCGGAGAUUUCGAGAUGCUUGGGCGACGAACACGGAGAGGAAAUGCAUUACACCGAUGAUGGUGCAGUCAUCUAUCCAACCGGUGAAAUACCCGAGUUUGUCACUUCUGAUCCGGCCCUUCUCGAAAGGUUAAAAUUGCGCGCUCUGGAACUCUCGCUAUCCCCAGAGCACGCGGAGGAGGUGCAGAGGCUCAUGGAAAGCUGCAAGCGUGAGGAAGCAGAAGUUGGUAACGAGGCUCAUUCUGAAAGGGAUUCGUUAUCAUCUCUGUUGAAGUUUACGUCAGAACUCAGAUUCUAGAGGUAGUUACGACGGAGGGUUGAUAGUUAUCGCCUGCUGAAAUAGUUAAACAGUAGAGAUGGAAACAGAGACGAGGAUUUGCAUGUAUGGGAGAACAAAAGAAGGGAUACAAGGGGGAUUGAGAGGGAAAAUGUGCUUCGGUAUGUAGGUUGCAAAGAUCUUAUUUAAAGGCACAAGCAUAUCAAGUGAUUCUCCGUGACCACAACUGUAAUCACAGUACCUAGUGCUAUCACUUGUAGAC